UUGAUGUCUUUGGAUAUAUUCCCAGAAGUGUAAUUGCUAGAUCACAUGAUAGUUCUAUCUUAAAUUUUUUGAAGAUUGUCCAUACUGUUUUCUAUAGUAACUGUACCAACUUAUAAUCCCACCAACACUGCACUAGGGCUCUCUUUCCUCCACAUCCACACCAGCAUUUGUUAUCUCUUGUCUUUUUGAUGAUGACCAUUCUAACAGGUGCAGGUAAUAUCUCAUUGUGGUUUUAAUUUGCAUUUUCCUAAUGACUAGUGAUGUUAAACAUCUUUUCCGUCUUUUCAUGUACCUGUUGGCUGUUUGUAUAUCUUCUCUAGAAAAAAAAGUGUUUAUUCAGGUUCUUUGUCCAUUUUUAAUUUGUUGUUGUUCUUCUCCUCCUUCUCCUUCUUCUUGCUAUUGAGUUGUAUGAGUUCUUUAUAUGUUUUGGGUAUUAGUCCCUUAUUGGAUAUGGUUUACAUAUAUUUUUCCCUUUCUAUAGGUUGUCUUUUCAUUGUGCUGAUUGUUUCUUCUUUUGGAUGGAAGCUUUUUGGUCUAAUGUAAACUAAAAGGGUCCAGUUCUAUUCUACAUGUACAUACUCAAUUAUCCCAGUACCAUUUAUUGAAGAGACUAUCUUUUCUUCAUUGAGUAUGCUUGGCUCUCUUGUUAAAUAUUAGUUGACUAUGUAUACUCAGGUUUAUUUCCGGGCUCUUGAUUCUGUUUCAUUGGUCUAUUUGUUUUUGUGACAGUAUCAUAUUAUUUUGAUGACUAUGGCUUUAUAGUAUAGCUUGAAAUCAGGAAGUGUGAUGCCUCCUAUUUUGUUCUUCUUUCUCAGGAUUUUGGCUUUUAGGGGUCUUUUGUGGUUCCAUAUAAAUUUUAAGAGUUUUUUUUUUUAACUUCUAAAAAAAAGGCCAUUGAAAUCUUGAUAGAGAUCGCAUUGUAUCCAUAGAUGACUUUUGUUCCUACUGACAUUUUAACAAUAUUAAUUUUUUCAGUGCAUGAACAUGGAAUACUUUUCCAUAUAUUUGUGCCUUCUUUGAAUGUUUUGUUAAUGUCUUAAAGUUUUCAGAAUAAAGAUCUUUCCCCUCUUUAGUUAAACUUAUGUCUAAGUAUUUUAGUGCUUUUGUCAGGCCUGAGUGUAUACUGAAUUCCCUGGUCAAGGAGGCCACCAGCUUUGCUCUGCAGAUGGGGGAAGCCAUGGGUUGUGCUCUCUGUUCAAGUGCUUAGAUAGUGCUGUUGAGUGGGCUACACAGCUUCCUGUUGGGUCUAGUUAGGUUCCCUGGUUGCACAGGCAGAAGACUCUAUUGUAAGGUUGUGAAUUAUAUUCCCUGCCCAGGCACAGUGGGAGAAGCAACUCUAAAACUAGUCAAGUUCUUUGUUGUCUUAACUCAAGCCAACCAGCACCCUUAGUUUCUGGCCAAACAGAACUGCUGGCUUUGUACUGCAAACUAUGGGCUCUGUCUCCUCUUCUCUUGGAGCCAGUACUACUGAGCUCCACAGCUUUCAGGUCCUUUCACCAGAACUUCUGGUCAGAUGAAACUGGAAGACACUCUUCACAGUCUCCACAGUGGGUGGGGCUAUGUUUCAGCCAGCAUGGGAGAGAGAGGGGGGCUGACAUAGUAAACUGCUUUCAGUUUCCCAAACAGGUUCCCCACUUUGGAGGAGCUGGGAGCUACCCUCAAUCUUAGUUAUAAUUUAAUCCUCCUGUCUGUGCAUAGUAUGGGAAACCUCCCUGCCUAGUAGAGACUUUGCUCUGGGGAUGAUCUCUGUUUUCCCACCUCUUGGCCCCAGCACUUCUAAACCACCCAGCUUCCAGGAGUUGUCACCAGCGCUUCUGGUCAGAUGGGGCCAAAAGGCACUCUCAGCAGAGGGUGGAGCCAUGACUCAGCACCUUGCAAGGUGAACUGGGCUCCAGGGCUGGCAAAACUUUUUUGAGGAUCCAAAUCAGGCAGAUCUGCUCCCCACUGAGUUUCCCCGGUCAGAAGGCACACCCAAUUUGGUUAUGCAGAUGAGGAAAGCUUCCCAUGGGAUUACGGCUUGGACACUGCAGGCGUGAACUCUAUCUGGCAAGAUUCAUGUGCUGGCUGUUGCAAACCCCUCUCCCUUAUCUGUCACAGUCAGAUUCCCAGUGGUUGGACCCUGCAGAUGCCUCUGCUCUUUCCACAGGGUGAAAUCAGAGUAGGAGUUUCCCACAAAGUACCCACAGUGCUGAGGAGGGCGUGGAGCUGGCUGUCUUCCGUGUGUUGUCUUUUCACUCUGGAGGAACUGGAGGCUCAGGGGAGACCUCUCUAGCCAUGGUGCUAUGCUGGCCAGGGGGAAGGGCAAUGCAAGGAACAGGUAGCUUCUCUUUUUGUUCUUCGAAUACUCUCUGUCUUUGUCUUUGUGGUGCAGGGUGGGCUUCUGCCCCACCUGGGUCCUAAGAUUCUUUGAGGGGUAUCAUAUUCUUGAAUAGAUGUUAGUUGUUUUUCUAAUGAGGGGAAGGGAAGUCAGGAAUAACCUCUUUUGCCAUCUUGGUGAAGUCACUCCCAUUUGUCACAUCUUGAUGCAGCAUGCAAGAAAAAUAUACAUAGUUCUUUGAAAAGGCUAUUAAAAUACCCCUGGAUUUUGACCUACUUCAACCAAAUAGUGUAUCACAACACAAUACAGCAGCAGAUAUAAGAAUCUACUGGUCUUCUAUUAAGCCAAACAUUAAAAAGACUUUCAAUACUCUGAAACAAUGCCACUCUUCCCACUAGUUCCUUUCAUUUGUUUGUUUUAGAAAAUAUAUCAUAUAUGUGUAUAUGUAAUAGAUUUAUUAUUGUUAUUUUAAAAUAAAUUAGUAGGGUUUUUUAAAAGUUUUGUUUUAAUUUCUAAUACGGUAAAUAUCUGUAGAUAGGACCUACAUACACAAAAGCUUUUUGGGGCCUUUAAUAAUUUUUAAGAGUGUGAAUGAAUCUUGAGACUAAAAUGUUUGAGAACUGACAGCUUGGGGAAACCUUUACUAAAGAUGUUCCAAAGAAUGCUGUCCCCGGGGAGACUCGAUAGAAACCCAGCAGCCAAAAACAAAAGGCAACAUAAAGCAAGAAGAAUUUGGUAGUUAAAUAAGUUUAGAAAUGUUGCUUGCUCUAGUCCCUUUGGAGAUGCACAGUUUGUAACAGCACAUUAAAUGUUCAACUUGAACUUUCUUCAGUUCUCAGUCUUUCCUCAACUCAUUUGAUCAUGAAAAUAUUUUUCCAAGGGAUAUGCUUUGGGAAAUACUGUUCCCUUGCCAACCAUGAAUGUUAUCAUUUUAAAUAUUUUCCAGUACGAUAGGUUGAAAAGUGGUAUGUUAUUAUUUACUGGCUUCUAAAAGCUGGAUUUUUAAUUUAAGGGUCAGUCAUAUCUUCCUUUAGAACAGCUUCUAGCUGACAAUGUCCUCCACCCCCACCCUUAUGCCAUCAGGCAGGGCAGGUUUGGCCACCAAAAAAAUGUUUCACCACAUUCUGACUUUUCAGUUUUAUGAACUUGGGUUGUUUAUUAGUCUUCAAAAGAGGGAAAUUAAUGCAAACCAAUGAUAGUAAGAAUGUGUUCAGAGAGAGAGAUCUUACAUACUAAGGAAUUGGGAAAGGGAUCUUUGCUCUAGGACAGACGGCAGUUAACUUGGCAGUCUGUGCCUUUGAUUGAAAUGAAUGUCCUUUUGUAGGACCUGAUUUGUCCUUUUUGAGUUAAUGGUUACUCAUUCAUACAUGUUGUCUGAUUUGGUUUCCUUGGAGGAAUUACCCAUUCUCAAGGCUGUCUAAAUAAGCAGGGUCACUUUUAUCACCAUGUAUUUUCCUCCCUGUAAAUAACGAUCAACUGGAAUUCUAGUUUAGGAACAGGUUUGCUAAUUGCAGUUCUGUAGUUGCUAAUACAAAAUUAUACUUGAAGGUAAACUUGCUAACAGCUGUAUUUCUAUUUCUAAGAAUCUAUCCUAAGGCAAAAACAGAAUGCAAUUGAAAAAUAUACUUAUAAAGAUGUUCUCUCUAGCAUUGUUUAUAAUAACCAAAGUUGAAAACUAAAAUGUUGACACGUGUGGAAACAAUGAAAUACUAUAGUAUAUUAUAGUAUAUUUACAUAGCAAAAUGCUAUACAGGUCUUAAAAACUCUGGUUUUAAGACUGUUUAGAGAUAUGGAACGAUGUUCCCCAAAUAAUAUCAGUAAAUAUAGUAGGACAAAAAUGUCACAAUAUAUGUUGUUAGAUCAUUUUCCAUAAAAGUUAUUCCAUUUUACAUUUUCACCAGCAUCUUUGGGCAUGCUUCUUUCCCUACACUCUUGCCAGCUAUGAGUGUUAUUUUAAAUAUUUUCUAAUUUGAUGGGGUAAAAAUGAUAUAGCAUUCUUAAAUUAAGGAGACUUUCAACAGGAAGACAAAGAGCAGUAAUUGACAUUUCCAGACAAGACUUCACUCUAAUUGCUACUUUGCGGGCAGAACAUUGGGCGGCACUGACUACAAGAUGGGCUAACUCUGAUUAGUGACACCUGACAUCUCCAGGGGUCUGGGAGAAACUUCUAGAGCCCAGAGAGGUGAUUUGAGUCCAGUUAAAAAUAACCAAGAAAAUUCCAUUGUAGUCACAUUUAGCCAUUUGUAAUUUGUCCUUGGAUAGAUUAAUAUAAAUACUAUAUUAAGGUUAUCUCCAUCCAUGUAUAAAACCCUCAUAUAAACAUUUAAGGAGACUGAGAGGCAGGGAGAGAAUAUAAGCUUUUUUGUCUCCCGUGUGUCAGAGGCUUUGCCAUUUUAAAGUUCUAGUAGGUCAUGGAAUUGUCUGUCAGGUAAUUAAAAUUGUCAUCACAGUUUCCAUCUUUUAUAUCCCUUACUUAAUGCAUGUAUGCAUAAGGUUUGCAGAAAGCCUGUGAGCUUUUUUGGAGCCACUAAGGGGACUUGUUGGCUAUUGCCAUUCCCUGCCACUCACCAUGGAUGUGCCAGUCAUGCCUACCGAAUCUGUUGUCAUAGUCAUACUGCAACUGGAUAGAAUAUUGAAGGAAAUGUCAAAAAUGUAGCCAUGUGAGAAGAAUCAGGAGGCAGUAUUACUAUUCAAAGAGUUAGCUUCCAGCUUGGGCUCCUAUCUGCAUGGAGCGUGCUGAGGUCUAAUUUCAGCCGUGCAAUUAAUUCUCGGACAACAUGAGAAAAGAUGUAACUGACACAUUUGUGAAAACUUGGAUGUUGUUUCACUAAUUCAUGUACUUAUUUUCUUUACGAUUUUAUCUGAAAGCGUCUUUUGAGGGCUUUUUGUUGUUGUUAAUUUUUAAAAAAUCUUUUGAAAGAUGAAAACGCACAAAAACAGAAUUCAGCAAAAUGUAAAUGAAUCAGAGCAAAUGGGAUGCAAGCAUAUAUUGUGCAGAUCCGGGAUGGAAAUAGAGAUGUUUGUUCUUCCUUUUUUUCAGGAGAAUCAUAGAACUUUCCAUUGUGCGUCAGACAUUGUGUUUUCUAUUCUCUAUUCUGAGACAUUUAAAAGGUGACUAAAAGCAGUUUGAAAAUGUCGAGGCUAUUAUUGUGCAUUCUGACAAUAAAGUGUUGAUUCUAACACAGAGAUCUGUCCUCUAACCCUGAUAUGAUCUUUCACCACUGCUGUAAAUUUCUUCCUUUUAAAAUAAUGAUUCCACAUUUAAUGUUUUUCCUUUUGCACUUUUCUAUAAUACAGUCCCUUACUUGAAUUAUAAUAUCCUAGAUUUAGAUUUUUAGAAAUAUCCUGGAUUGAGUCGUGGAAAAUGGCUAUUGUCUGUUGAAUAAAAGAUAUUAGGACACUGGCCUAUGCAUUGUUGAGAUAUACUUUUGAGAAUGCUGUCACAAAAAAUACAUACUUCUAAUAUAUUUUCAUUUAAAGGAAAGAUUAUUUUAAUACUUCAUGGUAUAAUAGAGGGGUCACGAUAUUAAGAUAAUCAGCUAGGUCUUGCUAGGGUUCGAAAGUAGAGGUGAGUCAAGGGUGUGUAUAUAGGAAAUGCAUGAAUACCUUCUUAGUUGAACUGUAGAAUAUUUAGGCUCUUUUCAAUAGUUAUGUAGUGAAUUUUUUGUGUGUAAGUGUGUAUAGUCUUUACAACUACGUGAAUAUGCUCUUCAAGGCUUGCACAUAUUUACUGGAAACUAUGAGUUUUAAAAUUGCUUUUCUCUGUAAGGGAGAUCAUGUUUCUCUUUCUUGUCUUAUUUUUAUGGCUCUUUUUCAUGACUCUUGUGGUGACCAGCAUUCACUUUAUUAGCCCUACAGGAUGGCUGUGCAAGAAGGUGAAGGUCCUCAUUUCCCUUUGGUCUCCAUUUUCUUAUCUGUAAAAGAGGUUUGUUGAUGAUCUUUAAAGCCACUUUAAUCUCUUGACUAGUAUGUUCAUGUAUUCUUCUUUAAUCCUGCAUUCAUUAUAGAUUUAUGAGGAUAACCUACAAGCAUGUCAUGAAAGUAUUUUGAAAAUUGUGCAGUGUAGAGAUAUCUGGUAUCAUUCUCUGUGACUGCUUUUAUGCCUACACAAGAUUACAUUUUCCAGGUGUGUAGUAUCUUAAACUUAAAAACAUUUUUUUAUGGUGGACUUAAUACACUAUAUGCUAAACAAACACUUUCUGAUUGGUUCAUGUUUUUUUUAAAUUUUUUUUUUUAACGUUUAUUUAUUCUUGAGACAGAGAGAGACAGAGCAUGAACGGGGGAGGGGCAGAGAGAGAGGGAGACACAGAAUCUGAGGCAGGCUCCAGGCUCUGAGCCAUCAGCCCAGAGCCUGAUGCGGGGCUCGAACUCACAGACCGCGAGAUCGUGACCCGGGCUGAAGUCGGAUGCUCAACCGACUGAGCCACCCAGGCGCCCCAGGUUCAUGUUUUUUUAAUAAAAAGCUUGUUUAUUUAUUUUGAGAGAGAGCAUGAGCAGGGGAGGGGCAAAGAGAGAGAAUGCAAAGCAGACUCUGCACGGUCAGCCCUGAGCCCAGCGCAGGGUUCAAUCUCACGAACCAUGAGAUCAUGCUUGACCAGAGUCGAAAUCAAGAGUUGGACACUUAACCAACUGAGCCACUCAGGUGCCCCAAGAUUGGUUCAUUCUUAAGCCAGGGAUUGUUUAGGUCUUGGACAGAAUGGCUGUCAUCUGCUGGUUCAUUACCACAUUUCCUUUUAGGCAUUUCAGGAGGCGAAGGGGCAAGCCGAUAUCUGAGACGUAAAAAUGAAUAUAUUCCCAGUCUUCCAGACUACCUAGCAGUUGGUGGUCAGUUUUGAGAAUGUUGCUUUCCAGAAGCAGCUAUCAUGAUUUCUCAGAGGACUGGCCAGUGAACAAAGUAUGACCCAUGAGUGAAUCAGGGCACUCUAUCCUCCCAUUUGAUUUGUGUUUAAAAUCGAACUAGAACAUUGUUGCAGAAAUUAAGAUGCAAAAGCUCAUUGCAAAAAAAAAAAAAGUUUCAAAUUGGUUUUUAUGUCUCUUUGUGCCUAGAGCAAACUCUUGAUCCACGUAACAAUAACCCCUUGAAAUGCUAUUUUAGAUUGGAAGUGCUGAGGCAACACUAAUGAUUUUAGAGCAAAUAUGUUACUCUAAUUUCCUCCAUCUGCUAUGAAUAAAAGGAUAUGAGUAUGAAGUCUGGGAGAGUUGUGGAGAAAAUUGUUUCUUAGAAAAGUUGGAGAUAUUUUUAAAUGUGUGCAGGUGUGAGGGAAGAAUAAUUCUUUUUUUUUAUUUUGUCAAGUGUUUCAAAAAAUGGGAACUUUAUUGUAGCUUAAUGUAAAUGUCAAGAAAAUUUCUGCAUAGCUUUGCUAAGACUCCAGGAGAGUAUCAAAUAACUUGAGGACGAACUAUCCAAAUUUUAUUGUGAUACGCAUCUGACGAUUCAGAUGAAAACAUUUUCUGUGGGUUUCUUUAGAAGUUCUUAUGAGUGAUAAGAGCUACUUUUAUAUGCUUGACUGAAUAAUUCUUUUCUUUCUUUGAGGAUUGUCCCCUUUUGACUCAAUCCUCAUGUAGUAGUAUGGGAAGAAAAGGGUAUGUAUCCUCCUAGCUUCCCGGUCAACUCUACCAGUCAAUACUGGUACUACCGCAUGUUUGAAAAAAAAAUUCUGUAGCCAUUUAUUUGAAAAUCUAGAAGAAAUAGUGAUUCUUAAGGAACAUAUAUAUGAUCAAUAUUAACAUAAGAAAAGUUAAAAUAUUUUAAUAACAAUAAUCAGAGAAAAAAGUGGAAGAUUAUUAAAGAUGUCCCACAAAAAAAAAAAAGGCCCCAGGCCCAGAUGGUUUUACAGCUAACUUAAAUUUAAGCUUUAAAACAGUUACUCCUUAUGGUUAUUAAACAGUUCAAGACUAUAGAGAAAGAGGGAAGUAAUUGUACAAUUGUGCCUCAAGUAAUUGUACAAAUCUAAACCUAACUUGAUAUCAAAACCUGAUAUUGAAAGCUCUAAAAACAUAUUUUAUACCAAUUUCAUUUUUGUAUGUAUAAGUAUAUAAUUUUUAAAAUAGCAACUUAAAUCCAUCUGCUUAUGAAAAUAUGAAAUAUUUGAAAUAGGGUUUUUUUCAAAAAUUACAAACUGGUUCAAAAUUGGAUAUUUAUCCACACACACCAUGCAACGCAUCAGCAAAUUAGAAGACAAAAAUGAUAUGAUUAUAUCAAUACAUGCUAUGUUAGUUUCUUAGGGCUGCUAUAAACAAAUCACCAAACUAGGUAGCUUACGACAACAGAAAUUUUUUCAGUUGCAGUUCUGGAUGCUACGUGUCCCAAACCAAGGUGCCAACAGGAUAAUGCUCUCUUCAAAGUUUGUAAGGGAUUAUCUUUUCUUGCCCCUUCCUAAUUUCAAGUGGCUGCUGUCACUCCUUGGUGUUCCUUGACAUAUAUAUACAUGUACCACUUCAAUCUCUGCCUUUGUCAUUACAUGGAGUUCUCCCUGUGUGUCUGUUUGUGCCUCUAUUUUCUCUUCUUUGGAGGAUAGCAUCCACUGGAUUAGGGCCCACCUUAAUCCAGUAUGGCCUUUUCUUAAGUAAGCACAUCUGCCAAGACUCCAUUGCAAAAUAAAGUCACCUGAGAUUCCAGGUGGCCAUAAAUUUCAACCCAGUACACAUACCAAAAAGGAAUUUGCUAAAAUUUAUUGCUAAAGAAAUUUUGAAUAACUUUCAAAAUAAAAUGGGCAUUGAAGCAUGUUAAUUAAACAAAAUAAAAUAUAGUCACAAAAACCUAUCGUAACAUUACAUUAAUCAGUGAAAUAUAAAAGCCAUUCCUAUUAAAACCAGGAAAAAUGCAGAGGAAUACUGUGAACACUGUUACUUAACACUGUGUUGCAGGUUCUACAUGAUGUAAUUAAACAAUAAAAUUAGGGAAAAUAAAUAUUGGAAAAUGUUAAACAGAGUUGUCUUCAUUUUCAGAUGAUAUGAUUAUAUUCCUAAAAAAGUUAAGACUGUUACAGAAAACAUGUAAGCUGGAAGGCCACAAGGUAAAUAUAUUAAAAUCAAAGCUUAUUUAUACCUUUAAUAACCAGUUGCAAAGAAAUAGAAAAAUUUCAUUUAUGUAAACCAAAAAUAUAAAAUCUUUAGUAACACAUUCAUUAUUAAAGGAAAUCAUCAAACUAUACUCCCUAAUAUUUCCUAUUCUAAAAUGUCAUUCCUUUCUAAAAUAAUGCAUAUGUCAAUGAUUCAAGUCACAAUUGCAAAAGAUUUUUACUUUUGCUCUUUUUUCUAGACAUUAAAACUUAAUAUACAGUUGCUGCUUUAAAACAGCAUGUUAUUGGCCAUGAGAAAAAUUGACAAUGGAAUAGAAAAAAGUCAGAAGCAGAUCCGAGUAUAUAUAAUAAUGAGCUAAAUAGUUAGUAAAAGUGUUUUUUUCCCCCAGUGGGAAAUGUAUGUUUCCAUAAAAAAUGAGAUUAAAGUUGACUUUUCAUAUGUAAGUUGUGAAUGAUAGACCCCUAUUUCUCACCAUAAAAUUUUAAAAGAUAAAUUUUAGAUGAAUUAAAGAUAUAAACAAUAGAAAUACUAGAAAACUAAGAAAUCCUAUACGCCUAUGAGAUAAAGUUUUACAUUAUAUUUGAAACAAUGGCUGAAGAUAUUAAUUGGUAAUUCACAAUGGAGAUCUGCUCAGCCUCAUUAGCAGUCAUCAUAGAAAUACAAAUCAAAUCAUAAUGAGACAGUAGAACAUUGUCAUAUUCUGAUAAAUCUGGCAUUAUCUAUCAAAAUUAAUGGUAUGCCUGUUGUUUGACACCAUACCUAUUGGGAAUCUUUAAUCUAUUGUAUAAAAAUGUAUAUUCAAAGAUAUGUGCUGCAUUGUUUUAGUGGAAAAAACAAAACAAAGCAAGAGAAACCCAUCAAGAAGCUCAUUAAUAGGGACAUUGUUGACCAUAUUUAUAAUUGUAGAGUGGAAUAAUAUGCAACAAAUAAAAAUAAUUAGGUAGAUCUAUAUGUGAUGUCCAGUUGUGUCCAUGAUGCAGCUGGUGAAUAAUCUUUUGACUGGAGCGAUUGGGAAAGUAUUGAGCUCAUUUAAAUGAAAAAGAAAAGAAUAGCUCUAUAUACAAUUAUGUGUUUGUAUAUAUUUGGAUAAAACUAGAGAAACUGUGGAAGCAUAAACAAGUACUUCUUUUUAUUACAAUGGGAAAAUGGGAUUGGCCAUAGGGCAAGGGGAAAGUACUGAUUUAUUUUAUAUGUGUGUAUAUGUUUAUUUAAUUUAUUAAACAGAAACAUAUGUGUUGAUACAUAUGUUUGUGUUUUUGUGUAUUAUGCUAUUUUUUACAAUUAAAAUAAUUAUUUAUUAUCUGUGGCAUGUUUUUCUGAUCUCAUAUACAUAUGUAUGUGUGCUAAAUCUUUACAGUAUUGUAGGGGUGACUGAGUGGCUCAGUCGGUUAAGCAUCUGACUUCAGCUCAGGUCAUGAUCUCACAUUUUGUGAGUUCAAGCCCUGCAUCGGGUUCCAGACUAACAGUGCAGAGCCUGCUUAGGAUUCUCUCCCCACCCCCCUCUCUCCCUCUGCCUCUCCCCGACUUGUGCGUGUGCUCUCUCUCUCUCUCUCUCUCUCUCUCUCUCUCCCUCCCUCUCUCUCUCUCUCUCAAAAUAAUAAACUAAAAAAUUAUACAAAAAAUCAUUACAGUAUUGUGUUUUAAGACAGUGCUUUUACCACAUUAAAAAGUGGGCAAAAUGUUUCAAUGGCAAUUUACUAAGGAGGUGAAACAAAACACCAGUAAAACUUUCAGCUUAUUAGUUAUUACAGCAAAGAUAAUAAGAGCAAUAAUGGUUUUUUGCUCAGACUGACAAUUGUCCCCAAAAUUGAUACGUUUCAAUAUUGUACAGACUGUAGGGUAUUGUCCAGAGUAUGUGCAUAACUUGUUAAACUUGCUGGAGGGCAGCUUGGCCAUAUUAACUUAAUAACUUUGAUAAUAUCCAUUAUCAGAAUGCUCUCCUGUCCAGCCAUACUACUUCUAGAAAGUAAUGCUAAGGAAAUAAGAUGUUUAUUUCAUUACAGCUUUGUAUAUAAUAAUGAAAAAAGCUAAAUUCACUCAUAAGCUAUAUUACAGCUAUUUACACACACAUUUACACCUACACAGUUAUAACAUUAUAAUGAACAUUUAUAUAUGAUGGUGUGAAUUUCCGCUGAUGGCAUAGAAAGUUAUGUAUAAAACACUUGAUCAGUAUGUUAGAUUCCAGUUGUUACGUACCAUGACCCAAUUUUGUGAUAUAUUCAUGCAUUAAAAUGAAUGGAAGUAGACACACCAGACUGUUUGCAGUGGUUUUCUGUGGAUGAUAUGGUAACAGGUGAUCUUUUAUAUUUUUCUGUAUUUUUUGAACUUUUUGAAAAGUGCUUGCUGUACUUUUAGCAAGAGAAAUAUAUUGGUUGUUUUUUUUUAAAUUUUGGAUUAAAAAAAAUGACCCAAAAGACCAAAUUGGAAAUGUUUUAAAAAUUAAGAGUGACAGGGGGGAACAACAGAACAGGGAAAAAAGUGUAUAUGUAGACUUGGUGAAGAAAGCAUUACUGUUAAUAGUGUCAUAGUACCAGCUGUUAGUUGGUAAUAUAAGGCCUAUGGGGAGGCCUUUGGAAGGACUGCUUUGAGUCUAUUGUUACUUAAAUAUCUGACCUUUUUGAAUUAGCUCUCCUGCCAUAGGCAGCUUAACAAGGGAUUCUUCACUAACAUGUGUACUUUAUCUUAUUUGUUUGGAUUUAGGGUUUCCAGUUUUUCUCCAGGGAGUACAUUACGUUCCGUUGCUUGUUCCCAAACACUUAUCUUGGAAACAGCCACCUUUCUGGUAGAAGGCAAAUGUCAUGACUGAAGGCAUGGGACAGAACCUGAUUAAUAUUCCUAAAAUGCCUCAUUUAUGUUCCUAGAAGCCAAAUCUGCAUUCUUUUCAGUGGUGUAGAAUGUCAGUACAAAUACUCUAUCUAUGCUGAACCUGGUGGAGAGGGGAAAAAAAAAAGCCACACUCCACUUCUUUAUUUAGAGUUUGCUUUGAGAACCGCAAGCACUAUUUGAAAGGUCAUCCCAUUUCAAGUAGCAGAUGGAUAGGAAAAAAAGACUCUGGCUUUUACAAAUAAUUUAAUUGAAUUCUCCUUGCCAUUUCUGGAGGCAGUUCAGGAUAUUUUUUAAAGCAAUGAUCCAUAAUUAUCUUUCAGAGUGGUUAGUAUUGUUAGACAGAUGUGUAAUUCUUUGUGUAUAAGGGAGCAAUGUAGCACCCAUUUUACCUAGUUGAUUGUCUUUUCCUUUCCUGUGCAAACAAGUGCAUACAACAAAAGAAAAAUCAUUGCUUUAAAAAAAGAACAAAUUAAAAUUUUUUUUCAGAUUUGAUUUUGACUUCAAGCUCUUUUUUCUUAGGCAUGGUUGUAUUUAUAAAGGUCAGCUUCUUUGCCUUCCUAUAAGCAAAUUAUAAUUUGCAUCUAUGUAGCCUACUUUUGUUUACAGUGCCUGUAUACAAGAACCCCAGGGGUGCCAUAAACCAUGAAACACAAAUUUAUCAUAUUAAUAGGAUAUAAAACAGGAAUAACCAAGACUUCUAAGAAUGCAUUGUAUCUGUGGCUUAUUUUGCCUUCUUUUUAAGUAUUUGUAAUCUCAUUUUGCUAUUCUGAUUGGGGUAAGGAUGAAGGAUGGGAUGCCCAAUUAAAUUAGAAUUUCAGGUAAAUAAUACUUCUUUAGUAUAAAGUAUGACCUAUGUGUGAUGGGUGAUGGGUAUUGAGGGCACCUGUUGGGAUGAGCACUGGGUGUUGUAUGGAAACCAAUUUGACAAUAAAUUUCAUAAUAAAAAAAAGGUAUGACCUAUAUAAUAAGCUGGAGUGUCACCUCAGAAUAGAGAAUUUUAAAUAAAAUUGUGAAAUAUAAUAAAUAUAAUAAAAGUGCAUAAGACAUGUAUGUCCAGUUUAAUGAAUAAUUAUAAAUGAAAACAUGUGUCAAGACAGGUCCAGUGCUCCAAGAGUCUCCUGCAAACCUUCUCUGAUCUUAAUCCUUUCUUUGACCACAUUAAAGGUAGUUGUUAUCCUAUCCUUUACAGUAAUCAAUUCCUCGUAUUUCUUCUUGAUUUUUAUCAUCAAUGUACAUACUUCUAAUCAUUACAGUUUUUCAUAUUUUAAAUUUUAUGUAAGGGGAAUGACUGCAUGAGUCUUUAAAGGUAAAAUAUUAAUAAUUCUAUUCAACUUAGGGGCAAAUACGAGUGAUAUCCUUCCAUCAAAUUAUGAAACAGACAAUCUUCUGAAGCUUGAAUGUACUUGGGUUUUCUGUGUAACAAUCACUGAAGGGUAGUUGUUUAAAAGAAAUCUUAAUGAGCUCACGGAUAUAAUGGUGCCAUAAAUAUUUGAAAUUCUAUACUUUCCCUUCAAAAUGUUUGUUCUACCAAGCCUCACUAAUUUCUUAGAACAUGAGGUCAAUCCAGUGGUAUUUUCACUGGGUUUCUGUUUCAUUGGUAUCAGUGGAGUAAAUCACAUCAGUAACCUGUCCAAGGUCAUAAUUUCAGCCAUAAAUGGAUACAGAGCCUUUUGAUUUAUUAUUCAUAUAGAUAACAAUACUCAGAAUGACUAAGGAACAUUCCCUUUUGUAUCAUAAAUUUUAUCUGGUGACAUUUAAAAAAAUGUGUUGCAGAACCCAGCCUGCUGAUCCAUGGACUCUCUCUUUCCUUUUGUUAAUGACACCAUCUUUUGCUUUAAUCAUUUCUUCUUUACCUCCUUAAUGCUGAAGAUGGCACAUUUUCCAAGCAACUUUGAAGAGUAACCAUCACAGGAGGAAAAAUAAUAAAAAAUAAUUUAAAAACAGAUUUCUGCGUGUUUAAGAAAAUCGGCAAUUUUCCAUGGCAAGCACUUGAAGUCAGGGAUGAUUUAUUAUUCAUUUGACUGUAGUGAAUAUUCAUGAUUUGCAUGUUAAAUUAGAAUUAUUGAGAUUUUUGUUUACCCUAAAGAAGGUUGGGAAGUUGUGUGUUUAAAAUUUGAAUUUACUAAAAUUUACUUUUUAAGAAACAGAAUUUUCUGUCUCAAAGGAACCUUAAAAAUGAUCUGGUUAAAUUCUCUAGAUAGCACAUAUAAAAAUAUGAAAUGUUUUGUAAAAACAGGACUGAUCUAGUUAUGUUAUAUGAGGGCACUUUGGUAGCGAACCCUGGUUUGUGUCUUUCUUUCAUUUUCUCCUCUGCUCCCUUUCUCUCCGUCUCCCUGUAUCCUUCCCUUCAUUCCUUCCUUUUCUUCUUUGGUUUUUCUUUUAAAGCAGCAGGACCCUUUAUUCAACAAAAAUCUUGCCCCAAAACUCAAUAUUUAAAAUAGAGUUACUCUAUUCGAAUAGAGAAUGAGGCUGGGCCAUACCUUUCUUAUCUCCACUCCACCACACAGACCCCCAGAAUAUCACCAUAGAGCCCUUGGCCUCCCAUGAUCACUGUUUUAAAACCGAGAGAACUGAAUAAUAUAUUAUCAAACGCCUAUGUGCCAGACACUCUUCUAAAUAUUUUACAAACAUUAACUCACUUAAUCCUCAAGAUAACACUGAGAUAAUAAUAAUUAUUAUUCUAAUGUUAUAGGUGAGGACACUGAGACACAGAGAAUUUCAAUAAGUUACCCAAGAUCAUACAGCUAUUAAAUGGCAGACCCUGGACAGUCCUGUUCAGGAGGCCCUGUCUUACCCAGAAUGCUUCACAGCCUCACUUUAGCAGGAGCAGCCAUUAUAUUCACCUCUUAGAAAGGAUUAGGACUGUGCUAGGAUUAGGAAAGGAUUAGGACUGAACUUUACAUUCAUUAUAGCUGAUGUUUUCAGAGUGGCCAGUGAGGUAACAGUAUUGUCCCCAGUUUACAGAUGCAGGAAACGAGGCAUAAAGAAGUCACAUCACAUUUCUGUGAGGGUCAAGGCCAGGAUUUGAACCUUCACAGUUUGACUUCAGAGCUCAUGCUCUUAACCACUUGUUUCAUAGGUAUCUAUGAAAAUGAAAAUAUUUGUUUUUAAAGAAUUAUGAUGCUUUUCAUUUUCUUUCAUGUUGGGUUCACAUUGGCUAAUGCUAUAGAGAAUAUCUAUAUUCUGAGUAGCCCACCAGUCAGCUCUACCAGGGAAAGAUUGUGCUCAGAGAAAAUUCAGCAUCUUAGUGUCCUAUGUCCUACCCAUGCCCUUAUGGUUCUCACAUUUGUUUUCUGGUCCUUCCCUUACAAGCCUGCUUAAUUACCUCAGUAUUCUCUGCAGCUCUAUUAAACAAUACCAUCAAGCAUUCCUAUUUAUCUCACAAAGACUAAUGGCUCAUCUCCAAGGUCAGUUAUCUGUGUUUUGAUUUAAUCCUCUCAGAUAUAAAAAGUCUUUAUCUUGUUUGAUGGUUGUAAUGGUGGGAAAUGUUAGGCUCUGUUUCAGACUACUGAUAGAGGACCUUCUCCCUAUUCAGUGUUGGUCCAGAUAAAGACCUAUGUAUCCAGAGCAGCUGUGUCCAGCAUGCAAGCAUAAGAUGAUUCUUAGAGGGGGAGCAGUAAGAAGCCUGAUGGCCUAAGGUUUCAACCGUGAGGAAAUGUCAUUCAGAUUUGGCCAACACCUCAUCAAGCCCUCUGUGGUUUUUCUCAAAACAGAACUGUCCUUUGCUCUUGUGAACAGGAAACCUGUGGUACCAGGACAUGUCCUCGUGUGUCCCCUUCGGCCAGUGGAGCGCUUCCGAGACCUGCGUCCAGAUGAAGUGGCAGAUUUGUUCCAGGCAACCCAGAGAGUCGGGAUGGUGGUGGAGAAGCAUUUCCAGGGGACUUCUCUCACAUUUUCCAUCCAGGAUGGCCCUGAAGCCGGGCAGACUGUGAAGCAUGUUCACGUCCACGUUCUUCCAAGGAAGGCUGGAGACUUUCACAGGAAUGACAGCGUCUAUGAUGAGCUCCAGAAACAUGACAAAGAGGAAGAGGACUCCCCAACCUUGUGGAGAUCUGAGGAGGAAAUGGCAUCAGAAGCUGCAGCACUAAGGGUCUACUUUCAGUGACUUUGCAGGCGCAAAAGUAACUUGAACAAAUCCCAAGGCAUACGGAAAUGGGCCUCGUUCUCUAGGACUCUGCGGCAUUGGAAAUGAAGCUAAGCAGACUUUAUUACAUCCUACAAUUCUGCAACCUUUUGCGAAGCAUUUUAUUCCACUUGUGGAAGCCAUCGGGGUUAUGUUUCAAUCACCAUGACUGACAGGCUAACUUCAAAACAACAGCAUCGGCAGCCCUUCCAUACUUCCUGGGCUAUGCACUUAGAAUAGAAUCUUUUCUAAAUUGUCCCUUGGCCUGGACGGAAAUAAAAUGGUCAUUAAAAUAUUUA